AACCCAGUACAAAACUGCCACAUUUCACCUCUCUUUGUUCUUCUAUUUCUCUCAUUUAGCUUUUUUCCCUCUCGCUUUCCGUCCCCAUUUUCCGCACAAAACUGAACACAGCCCUAAAUCUCAAAUUCCACUUAAAACGCCAUUUCCACUGUAAUUUCAAUAAGCAUUUAGGGUUUUGAACACCAAAUUCGCUGAUAACGAAUCCAAAAUCAAAUCAUUCCUCGGAAAAUUCUCAGUUAUGGUGAAAGGUCAGGUUCUCUGAUAAGGCUCCUUGGCUGUUGUAGGAGUGGAUAUACUAGCCUGCCUCGGUCUGUAACUAAUUCUUGUAGUAAACUGGAGCUCAUUUCACUAUGUCGGGAUUCAAUCGCAACGGAGUCAAUUUGAUCAACUGCUUCUUUCAUUUUUCUGAAUGGCAUCCACUUGAAUAGCAAAGUCAACAGGGGCUUGUAGCCCAUAUCAAAAUUUUCCCUUUAAGAGUGUGGGGAUCAAAUUGUUAUCAGGUUGUAUAGUGUGGUCAUUACAACUUUCUGUAGUUUCUUGAUGUUUGUGAAGGGGCAUUCUGUUGCUAAAGUGACAGAAAUGGGGUGCUGUGGGUGUUUUGGGUUCUGUUUUGCUAGGAAACCAAAGAGGGUGGGAAGGCCCAAUUUGGGAUUGUCAAAUAACUGUUCUCAGGAGUCUUUGUUAUAUGAAGAGGGGGAGGAAGAAGAUGGUUGCUCCUACAAUGGUGAUGUAACUGAUACUGGUAAUGGGGAUGAUGGUGAGUAUCGCAGCCCAGUCAAACGCUCUGAAGAGAUUCUCAUGUACAGAGCUCAAAAUGGGUUGGUUUGCAGGGAGAUCCCUGUCAAGGAAACCCACAAAGUCAUACGGGAUGAGGAUGAAGAUGGGAACAAGAUGGUUAAUGAGUAUGUACGAGAAUAUAAGAUUGGUUCUGGUAGUUAUGGAAAAGUGGUUCUAUAUCGGAGCCGUACUGACGGAAAACAUUAUGCCAUUAAGGCCUUUCGCAAGUCUCAUUUAUUAAAAUUGCGUGUGGCACCUUCAGAAACUGCUAUGUCGGAUGUUCUUCGUGAGGUUCUGAUCAUGAAAAUGCUGUGCCAUCCCAAUAUAGUUAAUCUUAUUGAGGUGAUUGAUGACCCAACAACGGAUCACUUCUACAUGGUUCUCGAAUACGUUGAAGGAAAAUGGGUCUGUGAGGGUGCUGGUCCGGUAGGUGGUCUCGGAGAACAUAAGGCACGGACGUACUUGCGUGACACGGUAUCCGGCUUGAUGUAUCUACAUUCUCAUAAUAUAAUCCAUGGGGAUAUUAAGCCAGAGAAUCUUUUAGUUACGGCCUCUGGCAGGGUGAAGAUUGGUGAUUUCAGCGUUAGCCAAGCUUUUGAGGAUGAUAAUGAUGAGCUUAGGCGGUCUCCUGGCACUCCGGUUUUUACUGCUCCUGAGUGCUGUUUAGGACUAACAUAUCAUGGAAAAGCUGCUGAUACAUGGGCAGUUGGUGUCACCCUUUACUGUAUGGUUUUAGGAAAAUACCCAUUUCUCGGAGACACACUCCAGGACACAUAUGACAAGAUAGUAAAUAACCCCCUCGCUCUCCCUGAUGGUAUGAAUCCCCUGCUGAAGAAUUUGCUCGAGGGGCUUCUUUGUAAAGAUCCAGCAAAAAGGAUAACACUCAAGAGUGUGUCCGAGCAUGAAUGGGUUGUCGGAAAUGAAGGUCCCAUCCCUCAGCAUCUAUGUUGGUGCCAGCGCAAAAAAUUACAGAAGGAAGAAUCUGAUGGGAGAAUGGAGGAUACUUUCACUUGAAGCUAACAGAAAGAUGUUCUGUGAUUUUUAAUUUGUGUUUCUAGUUUUCGAGUUGUGUGUUUUUAUGGAAGGGUAGCUACGAUGUUUCUUCCAACAAGCUUUGUUUGUGAAAGCAAAAGAAUACAGUUAUACAGGCAAAAUAACAUAGGAUAGUAGAGCAUGAGAGGUAAGAGGUUAAGUAAAUUCUGUGAUAUUUCUAGUGUAGUUAGUACUGGAAGACAGACGACUUGUGCCUCAAAUAAUCUUUAUUCAUAUCUCAUAUCAUGGUGGACUAACUUUUGAAAUUUAUAUCAGACAUUCUCCCUUGAAUGGAAGUAAGCUUUUUUCA